AUGGGUUAUUUUUAUAUUGUCAAGCUGUGUUUGUCCAACUCUGUGGCCCAAAGCGAAUAUAUCCUAUGGAAAAAUGAGAAUGCUGAUGGACAGGCUUUGGCAAAAGAAUCUGUGAUAGAAGUGCUAGUAAGCUAUUUUUUACCAACAACAUGUAUUCCAAAGGAGAAUCAGGAAAUGAAGCCUUGUAGCAGAGGUCAAGCUCUUAACCUGAGUGAAUGUUUGAAGUACAAAUGCUGUUAUUCUGAUACCAGUAACUUUGGCUGUUUUACACCAUUAAACGAUGUGCCUGCACAGAUGUUCCGGAUGUUUGCGCUUGGUGUGAGCAGCAUGAUCAUCCUGGGAUUUCUGCCCGUUUGUUGCUGCUCCUUUUGCUGGAGGAGGUAG